CUGACGCAAUAAUAAGGCGAGCGAAUUGAUUUUCAGGGUCAACACGUAUAACCCUUUGCUCUCUGUUCUCAUUGUUUUCUCCGUAUCUCCAUACAAAUCCCUAAUUCUCUUUGCAGAUCCUCUCUCUCUCUCUCGAUCAAUCAACAAUGGACGCUCUAGAUUCAGUUUUCGAGCCACUGAGAGAGUUCUCAAAGGACAGUUAUCGUCUAGUCAAGCGAUGCCACAAGCCUGAUCGCAAAGAAUUCUCCAAGGUUGCUGUUCGUACGGCUAUCGGAUUCGUUGUGAUGGGAUUCGUAGGGUUUUUCGUUAAGCUUAUCUUCAUUCCGAUUAAUAACAUCAUUGUCGGAUCUGUUUAGAGAUCAUAUGAUCGCCAAGGAACGGAUGGAGGACACUAACUAGCUGAGUGCAAAAUGUAUGGCUUAGAAACAGAAGUAUGAUGUAUUAAGGAAUCUUUUUUUUUUUUUGUUCUUUUCAAGUAGAACUGGAUUUGUUAUUUGAUGCUUAAAUGUUGAACCUAUAUCAGUUUUUACAUUCUCUGUUUUUUGUUUUACUUGCUGAAAUUUCUGAAUUUGGUUCGCU